GACUACAUCUCCCUGAACGAGGACCUGCGCUCCUGGACCGCGGCCGACACGGCGGCUCAGAUCUCCCGGCGCAAGUACGAGUCUGUGGACGAGGCGGAGGUCCGGAGGAACUACCUGGGGACGGAGUGCAUGGAGUGGCUCCGCAGAUACCUGGACGAAGGGAAGGCGACGCUGCAGCGCGCAGAUCCCCCAGAGACACAUGUGACCCAUCACCCCAUCUCUGACCGUGAGGUCAGCCUGAGGUGCUGGGCCCUGGGCUUCUACCCUGCGGAGAUCACCCUCACCUGGCACCGCGAUGGGGAGGAGCAGACCCAGGACACGGAGCUUGUGGAGACCAGGCCUGCGGGGGACGGGACUUUCCAGAAGUGGGCGGCCGUGGUGGUGCCCCCUGGAGAGGAGCAGAGAUACACGUGCCAUGUGCAGCACGAGGGGCUGCCCGAGCCCCGCACACUGAGAUGGGAGCCACCUCUUCAGCCCACCUUCAUUGCUGUCCUUGUUUUUGGAGCUGUGGUCACUGGAGCUGUGGCAGCUGGAACUCUGGCAGCUGGAGCUGUGAUGUGGGGGAAGAAGGGUACAGCUGCAAAAGGAUGGAGCUACGCUCAGGCUGCCAUGUGAGGCCCGUGCCUUGUCAAGGAGCAGACAACAUAUUUCACUGGCUGGGCAUCAACCUAGGAUCCAGGAGAUCUUGGUUGUAUUCUUGGUCAAGGCACAUGCUUGGGCUGUGGGCUUGAUCCCCAGUAGGGGGCAUGCAGGAGGCAGCCCAUCAGAACCUCUGAUUUCUUUUUGCAAAGGUCACCUGAAUGUGUGUGUGUUCCUAUCAGCAUAAUGUGAGGAUGUGGGAGGCCCGCGCCCCCU